AUGCAUUACAUCAACUCUCUCCUCGCGGCCUGCGCCCUCGUCUCCGGCGCCGCUGCCGUCCCCAGGAUCUUCGAGCGUCAGGGCAACACCCCCAACAGCGAGGGUGUCCAUGAUGGCUACUACUACUCGUGGUGGUCCGAUGGUGCCUCCCCCGCCACCUACAACAACGAGCAGGGCGGCUCCUACAGCGUCCAGUGGCAGUCCGGCGGCAACCUCGUAGGCGGCAAGGGCUGGAACCCCGGCACGGACCGGGAGAUCUCCUACUCUGCCGACUGGUAUGUCGAGAACAACGGCAACAGCUACAUCACCAUCUACGGCUGGACUCGCAACCCUCUCGUCGAGUACUACGUCGUCGAAGCCCACGGCGAAUACAACCCCUGCUCCCAGGCCGAGGGCCGCGGCACCAUGGAGCUCGAAGGCAGCUCCUACGAGCUCUGCGAGAGCACCCGCUACGACGCCCCCUCCAUCGACGGCACCCAGACCUUCCAGCAGUACUGGGCCAUCCGCCAGCAGCACCGCACCUCCGGCUCCGUCAACAUGGGCGCCGUCUUCCAGGCCUGGGGCGCCGCCGGCAUGCCCCUUGGCGACCACUACUACCAGAUCGUCGCCACCGAGGCGUACCAGAGCGCCGGCCAGGCUUCCGUCACCGUUCAGUCGCCCCCUUAA